GUAAUUAGCUAAUUAGUAUAACUAUAAAAAUAUACCAAACAAAACAGAGGUCAUUUUGAUAGCUUAGAUUUAUAAAACGGCAAACUAUAAAAUUCUGUAGAGAGUCAGUAAGACUUCCGCAAGAAAUGUCUAGCAAACCAGUUUCAGCUCCCGUGUCCACUUUGGGCAUAAAACCACCAGCGUCUAGAUUCAAGAGUUCAGGGUUAACGGUAGAUGUUUGGCUGGAAGAGAAGCAAGAUACCGAUGGUGCGGAAGGCUUGUGGCGGGUCCAUGAUGGGAUCUACGACUUCUCUGACUUUGUUAGUGAGCAUCCAGGGGGAUCUGAAUGGCUUACACUCACCAAGGGCACAGACAUUAGCGAAGCAUUUGAAGCCCACCACAUCAGCCAAUAUCCAGAGCAACUGUUAAAGAAAUACUUCGUCCGAGAAGCCAAUACCAAAAGAAACAGCCCCUUCACAUUCAAAGAAGAUGGCUUCUACAGAACUCUGAAAAAGGAAGUAAGAGAAGCUCUUAAGACGAUGCCAAAACAACCGUGGAACACCUCCAACUUUAUGGUUGACACGAUGGCAUUCUUUUUGUUUCUUUUCUCAGUAUUGGCUGUGAGACAUUGGAAUUAUUUUAUUGGCAUAUUGGCUGGAAUAUUUCUUGGGCUGUUGUCAGUCGCCGCUCACAAUUACUUCCACCGACGGGAUAAUCUCAGGAUGUACUAUUUCCAAUUUUCAUUGAUGCAAAUCAGAGAAUGGAGAAUACUCCAUGCACUGAGUCACCACCUUCAUACCAACACUAUUGAUGAUUUGGAGAUAUCAUUGCUUGAACCACUCCUACAAUACCUUCCAACUGCUAAAGCUCCAAAGCAGAGAUAUGGCUCUCUGUUUCUUGUACCAAUCAUAUGUAUAUUCCAUUUCCAUAUACAAUUCUCUAGAAGAAUGUACGAUGCUUAUAAAAGAAAUGGAUAUAAUCUGAAAAUCACUGAUUUGACUGCUGCUAUAUUGCCCAUAUCGAUGUAUAUAUUGGGAGGACAAUCUUUGUUGGCAACGUUGUGGAUGUGGAACUUCAUUUUGCACGUAGGAUCUUGCCAUUUUGCCCUUGUUGCUUUACAUGCGGCUCAUCAUCAUCCAGAUAUAUUUCACGAUGGUGACACACCCAGGUCGGAUGAAAAUUACGAUUGGGGUCUAAGUCAACUAGAUGCCCUAAUGGAACGCAAGGAAAUAAUUGGAUCACAUUUCCUGGUAUUGACCAAUUUUGGAGAUCAUUGCUUACACCACCUUUUCCCGACGCUGGAUCAUGGAGCCCUAGAAUUUCUCUAUCCAGUCCUUCAGAAGAACUUGGAAAAGUUUGAUGUCGAUUUACGUGUAGUCUCACAAUGGGACACAUUCUUGGGGAGUUUUCAGCAGCUGAUGAGAGUUACUCCUAACCCAAAUCCUCCAGACCUGAAGAAGUACUCAAAGAAAAACUAAUACGUUAGGGCUACUAACUGAUUUACGUCGAAUGAUGGAUGGAUAUACGUAAUAUUGUCUUCAUUUCUAAUUGUUAUUUUAUUUAUUAUUAGAGAGUUUCGCACCCACAAAUGUCACAUACGUAAACGCUAAUUUCACCUUUCAUUGUUAUUUUGACAUUUAAGCUAGCGAUUACGUAUGCGUAUUUGUGAUUGACAAAAGUCUCUACUAAUAUUAAUAUUACCGUAAUCGAACUAGAGUUAGUGAUACUGCAUACCCGUAUUAAGCGAAUUUAUAACUGUUCUGCUGCUUCUAAUUUCAUUAGCUUUAAGUAUUCAUUAAAUGCUGCCAACCAUCACUAAACAUGUGCUAAGGUGUACUUAGAAAUAAAAUAAUCUAUCAGCCAUGAACCUUCAAUUCCCUUAGACUAUGUCCCUGCCGGGUAGUAUGUUGAUCAUCAUCAUGAUACUUCAUUAGUUCGCCGGAAGGACACCACAACUAUAAGGGAUUUAAACUACUGGACAUCAGCAAUGAUCAUUUAAAAAGUUUUGGCUGUCGACUUAUAUGUGCAAAUAUGAUAAAUAUUACAGAACAUUUAUAUAAAAUAGCCACGUUAUAUGAAUAUGCAGCUUAUACGAUAUAAUUCAGAUAAGCUGUCAGUAAACAUUAUCAUUAACAAAAAUAAAAUAAAACAACGCAAUACAUACCCCAAAGGUCAUUUGGUAUACAUCAUAGUAAGAUUCCUGCAGCUUCUGUAUAGUUUUUGGUGAAAAAAUGGUGCGGAAAUCAGAACCCUUGUCGACUUUAGGCAUAAAACCACCUGCGUCAAGAGUAAAAAGUUUGGAGUUGACUGCAGAAGUUUGGUUGAAAGAGAAACAAGACACUGAUGGAGCUGAAGGCCUAUGGAGGGUGCAUAAUGGUCUCUACGAUUUGACUGACUUCGUUAACAAACAUCCAGGGGGUUCCGAGUGGCUUACACUUACUAAGGGUAUUGACAUUACCGAGGCAUUUGAAGCUCAUCAUGUCACCCAAUAUCCAGAGCAACUGCUUCAGAAAUACUAUAUUCGAGAAGCCAAGACAAAAAGAAACAGUCCGUUCACUUUCGAAGAGGAUGGCUUCUAUAGAACACUCAAAAAGGAAGUCCGAGAAGUUCUGAAGACGAUACCAAAACAACCAAAACACACCUCAAACUUUUUGAUAGAUGCAUUGGCUUUCUUUGUAUUUUUGUUCUCAUCAUUGGCUGUUAGACAUUGGAGUUAUUUUAUUGGUAUAUUGGCGGGAACAUUUCUAGGGAUGUUAACUGCGGCAGCCCAUAAUUAUUUCCAUCGUCGGGAUAACUUCAGGAUGUAUUACUUUCAAUUUUCAUUCAUGCAAGUAAGAGAAUGGAGGAUAAGCCACGUUUUGAGUCACCAUCUUCAUACCAAUACUAUCGAUGAUUUGGAAAUAUCAUUGUUAGAACCACUCCUGCAAUAUUUACCAACCGAUAAAGAACCUCUACAGAGAUUUGGAUCGCUGUUUAUUGCUCCAUUCUUAUGGAUACUUUUCUUCCAUAUACAGUUUGUUAGAAGAAUGGUGGAGGCUUAUAAGGAAAAUGGAAAUAACCUAAAAAUGACAGAUAUAACCACUAUCAUUUUGCCCUUAUCGAUGUACGUAUUUGGAGGACAGUCUUUCAUAGCAACUUUGUGGAUGUGGAAUUUCAUUUUGCACGUAGGAGCUUUCUACUUUGGCCUUGUUGGACUUAAUGCUGCCCAUCAUCAUCCUGACAUCUUCCACGAUGGUGAUACACCCAGGUCAGACCAAAGUUACGAUUGGGGCCUGAGCCAACUUGAUGCCAUAAUGGAUCGUAAGGAAAUAACAGGAUCACAUUUCCUCGUGUUGACCAAUUUUGGUGAUCAUUGUCUGCAUCAUUUCUUCCCAACGUUGGAUCAUGGAAUUUUGGAACACCUCUACCCUACACUUCAAAAAGUAUUGGAACAGUUUGAUGUCGAUUUACGGAUGGUUUCGCAGUGGGACACUCUCGUAGGAAGUUUUCAGCAGUUGACGAGAGUUACUCCGAACCCAAAUCCUCCAGACUUGAAGAAGUAUUCGAAGAAGAAAAAUUGAACAUAACUAUCAACUUAACUAAAAAAACCUCAAUGCGCUUGUAACAUUAGGUAUUUUUAAGUAGAUUGAUUUUAGAUUAAUAAUAUGACGACACAGCUCUGAGUUUCACUCCUGCAAAAAACUAUCUCUCUCUCUCUGAGUCACUCUCUCUCUCCGUCUCUCUCUCUCUCCGUCUCUCUCUCUCUCUCUGUCUCUCUCUUAUCGUAUCUGGGUUUCAUUAAGCUCUCAUCAAAGAUAUUUCGACUCAUAUUAAGUAUAUUACUUUUUAGUUGUUCAAUCUCAAAAACCAUAAACUUACUCCCCAGUACCCAACGUGACCUUUAGAAUUGUAGCGAGAUGUGCAUCUCCGAGCUAGUCAAGGGGCGUCUCUUCAGUUUCCGCCACGCCACGCAGAAUUGUUUUUAAACAUGACAGCAACCUUUCAUGGAAAGAUCAUCCCUCAACCCCUCUGGUAAUUAUUCCUAAGAUUUCGCAUUCUCACAAUUUAUUAACAACGCAAGAGAAAAUAUCAAAAUCUGCGGGAACUGCCCGAGAUACUCGUAUAGGAACAAUGACACCCAAAUGUGAUGGUCAUUAGGAAAGGCACACCUUUAACUUGGAAUGGGUACCUUCCGGUGGAAUAUAUCACCUGUAUAUGGUUCUUUGGACAGGCAUGAAAACAAAU